GGUCCUCCUCCUCCUCUCGUAUCAGACACACACACACACACACACGCACGAUCCAAACCCCUCAGAAACAGCCCCGCUGAAUCCUCACACCGUCUGUCAGCAUGGGGAGCGCUUGUUUUUCCCGGGACGUUUGUUUGUUUAUCCUCCUCAUAAAUACUUGCAGGGUGAUGGGGGAUGUCGGACUCGCAGAUCCAGACGAGUGUGCAGAAGGUUCGGACGACUGCCACAUCGACGCCCUGUGCCAGAACACGCCCAAGUCCUACAACUGUAUCUGCAAGCCGGGCUACAAGGGAGAUGGCAAGCAGUGCGAAGACAUGGACGAGUGUGAGAACGACUACAAUGGGGGCUGCGUGCAUGAGUGCAUCAACAUACCUGGCAACUACAGAUGCACCUGCUACGACGGAUUCAUGCUGGCCCACGAUGGACACAACUGUCAGGAUGUUGACGAGUGCGCGGACAACAACGGCGGGUGCCAACAAGUGUGCGUCAACACCAUGGGGAGCUACGAGUGUCAGUGCACAGACGGCUUCUUCCUCAGCGACAACCAGCACACCUGCAUCCACCGCUCUGAUGACGGGAUGAACUGCAUGAACAAGGCCCACGGCUGCGCCCACAUCUGCAGGGAGGCACCAGGCAAAGGCGGGGUCUCAUGCGAGUGCCGUCCUGGCUUUGAGCUGGCCAAAAACCAAAAAGAUUGUACAUUGACAUGUAACUAUGGAAACGGCGGCUGCCAGCACACUUGUGACGACACGGACACAGGUCCAGUAUGCGGCUGCCACCAGAAGUAUGCCCUGCAUUCAGACAGCAAGACCUGCAUCGAGAAAGAUGAGGCUGCAAUUGAGAGCUCUGAGUUCAAUGCCACGUCAGUAGCUGAUGUGGACAAGCGGGUGAAACGGCGGCUACUUAUGGAAACCUGCGCCGUGAACAAUGGCGGCUGCGACAGGACGUGUAAAGACACGGCCACAGGGGUGCGCUGCAGCUGCCCCGUGGGAUUCACUCUGCAGCCCGAUGGCAAAACAUGCAAAGACAUUGACGAAUGCCAGGAGAACAACGGAGGCUGCGAUCACUUCUGCAGGAACACGGUGGGCUCCUUCGAAUGCAGCUGCCAGAAAGGCCAUAAACUACUUACCGAUGAGCGGACAUGCCAAGACAUCGAUGAAUGCUCCUUUGAGAGAACAUGUGACCACAUCUGCGUCAACUACCCUGGCAGCUUUGAGUGUCUUUGCCACAAGGGCCACAUCCUGUACGGCCUCACUCACUGUGGAGACAUUGAUGAGUGCAGCAUCAGCAACGGAAGCUGCGAGUACGGCUGCAUAAACACUCAGGGGGGCUAUGAGUGUGUUUGUCCGCCUGGACAGAAGCUCCACUGGAACAAGAAAGAUUGCAUUGAGGCGGUGAAGUGUCUGCCUAAUGGGAAGCCAGCACUGCGAGCCCAGCUGACUUGCACCAAGAGCGUAGGGGCAGAGGUCUGCUCGCUCUCCUGCCCUUCCAACGCCCUCUUCCUCGCAGACUCGGAGAACAGCUACACGCUGAGCUGCGGAGUGCCCGUCCAGCUUGGGAAAGCUCCCCAGAAGAGAAACGCCACCACGGCCUUACCCACCUGUGCCGACACGCUGGCCCCGCCCAUCAAACAGAAGGCCCGGUUUAAGAUCAAAGAUGCCAAGUGUCACCUGAGACCCCGCAACAAGGAGAAACACAGAGAAUCAUCCAGGCAGAGCCUACAAGGAGGCCAGUUCCCCUGCACCGACGACUGCCAUGUAACUUUUGUUAACCUCAAGUGCGACUCGUCUAAGAAGCGACGACGAGGACGCAAAUCUCCCUCGAAAGAGGUUUCCCACAUAACGGCCGAGUUUGAGAUGGAGAUGAAGGAGGAGGAAGCCUCAGACUUAUGCAAUGUGGACUGCGUACGGGAAAGGAUGAAGCAGAAGCUGCAGAGCGCCAUGCGAACGCUCAGGAAGUCCAUCAACAAGCAGCAGUUCUACAUCCAGUUCUCUGGGACGGAGUACGAGGUGGCCCAGAAACCGUCCCGGGUACUGGAAGGAGCCGAGGCUUGCAGCACGGGACAAGUCCUCCGAGACGGCAAGUGUGUGAGCUGCAGCUUGGGGACGUUCUACAGCGGGGAGCAGCAGCAGUGUGUCCAGUGCCCCACCGGGACCUACCAGGACACGGGGGGUCAGCUGUCCUGUGAGCCGUGUCCCAGUACUGAAGGACAGGGAAUUGCCGGAGCCAGGAACGUGUCUCAGUGUGGAGGCCAGUGUCCAGCGGGCCACUUCUCCGCCGACGGGUUCCAUCCAUGCCAGCCCUGUCAGCUGGGCUCCUACCAGACAGAACCAGGCCGUGUCCUUUGCUUCCUCUGCGGAGGAGGUCUCAUGACCAAGUAUGAGGGAUCAGUGUCCUUCAGGGACUGUGAGGCCAAAGUGCACUGCGCUCCUGGACAUUACUACAACUCCACUACCCACCGCUGUAUCCGCUGCCCAGGGGGAACCUACCAGUCGGAGUUUGGGCAGAACUACUGCAUCACUUGCCCGGGAAACACAACCACUGACUUUGAUGGAGCCACCAACGUCUCCCACUGCAAAAACCAGCUGUGUGGAGGUGAGCUGGGAGAAUAUACAGGCUACAUAGAGUCUCCCAACUACCCUGGAGAUUACCCAUCCAACGUGGACUGUGUCUGGACCAUCAACCCACCCCACAAGCGGCGGAUUCUUAUCGUGGUACCAGAGAUUUUCCUCCCCAUCGAGGAUGAGUGCGGGGACGUGCUAGUCAUGAGAAAGAGCGCCCUUCCCACAUCCAUCACUACCUAUGAGACGUGUCAGACCUAUGAGCGGCCAAUCGCCUUCACCUCUAGAUCUCGAAAGCUCUGGAUUCAGUUUAAGUCCAACGAGGGAAACAGCGGCAAAGGCUUCCAAGUUCCGUACGUUACCUACGAUGAGGACUACCAGCAGCUGAUAGAGGACAUUGUGCGAGAUGGCAGGCUCUAUGCCUCCGAGAACCACCAGGAGAUACUGAAGGACAAGAAGCUAAUAAAGGCCCUGUUUGACGUGCUGGCCCACCCCCAGAACUACUUCAGGUAUACGGCACAGGAGUCCAAAGAGAUGUUUCCCCGCUCCUUCAUCAAGCUGCUGCGCUCCAAAGUCACAAGGUUCCUGAGGCCGUACAAAUAGACUGAGACCCUUCCCUUUUCUGUUAAAGCUCCUCGUCAUUCCAAACCCAUUUACCUAAAUGGUCCCUCCCCCUUUCCCUGUUUAUUUUUCUCAGCCUGGAUCAAUGCGUUAAUGUACCCGUUCUAUUACUAAUCUUCAUUUUGUCGUUUUUUUCCUCGAUGUAGUCACAUGAUGCCUUUCCUCAUCUUUAGCCCAUUUAAUCAGCUUAACACACUAUUCACUGACACCUUUCACUCCACUCUUUAAAUCAGUAUGCUGGCAUGGCGACGCACCAGCGUCAACUAAUGCAGUUCACGCCAAAAUGUUGGUCUCCAGUGAAUGCUUCGGGGUAAAACAAUCCCUCAGAAAAUUGGUUUCAGUGAAAAUGUCUGGCUGACGAUGGAAACGACGUGUGACAUCUCAAAUAUUCUCUGAUAUCAGGCAAACCUUUCAUGUAUGGUUUGACCUGUAUGGGUUUUUGCAGGCCGGUAUUAAUAUUUUUAUAACGUAGCAUAAGAAGAUAUAUAUUAGUGUGUAUAUAUUGUUUCUUUAAUUUGACCUUUUUCUUAGUUUUGGUAUUAUGGCAUUUCAGUUAAGGUUUUAAUUGUUGUUGCAAGUUGUAAUUGAAUAUUGAAUACAAAAUGAGUAUCUUUCAACAAAAUCCAAAGAAUAUAUAUAAAGCACAUUGUCAGACAAACAUUCGCAAACAUUCACUUCAUUUGUCUGAGUCCAGUUAAAGCAACACAUUGUCACUGAGGAUAAACAAUCUUUAAGCAUUUGAAAGGAAACCUGUAUUUUCAGAUGAUAUAAUGGCUAUUAUAGUUCCCCAACACAUUUGUUAGCGACCAGCUGAAAAGCUGAAUCAGGCAGAUUGAUACCACUCUCAUGUCUGUAUGUUAAAUAUGAAGCAACAGACAUCUUAGCGUAGCAUAAAGACUGUACACAGAGGGAAACUAAAUCUGCUCACCAGCUGAAGGUCAGUAAUUAACAUGUAGCAUAUUGUGUAAUUAAUCGGGACCACUUGGUCCUUACUGGCACACAAAAGAAAUUGUUACUUUCUACCUUCUACAGAGUCAGGCUAACCACUUCCUCUCGUUUUAAUGUCAAGCUAAGCUGAGCUAGUGCUGGAUAUUGUCAUGAAGUGGUAUUUGGUGAAAGUGAUCGUUCAGCACCUCAUUUUGUUCAGCAACUUUCUGCUCAAGUUCCCAACAUUCCUCAGACUUCCUUUAUCAACAAUAACUCCUCUCACGUUAUUCCGCUCUGCUCGGUUUUCUGUGUUGUUGCUGUUGUUUUUGUUUUUCUAUUUAUACUGAACAUGUCAGAACUUGCAGAGGCCCAAAUCACAGCUUUACACCGCACAGGUGUGCAGGAUGUGUGCGUUUGUUUGGACACGGGUGUACGUGCGCAUUGUGUUGAGACAUAUCGGCCCAUAUAGUGUACAUGGAUGUAUUCUGAAUUUGGAUGUCGUCAUUGGUCGCGAUGUGCAAGAGACAGGGAUGAGAAAAACAAUCGGUGCACUUAAAACCUAUUUUUAAAACGUAGAUGAUUUGAAAGAAAUGUGAAAAGUGGAGAAAUCAUUCCACCUUCAGAGGGCGGAGAUCAAAUGGGGUGAAUCGGAAAGUCUAUAUUGUAAUUUUUUUAAAUAAAAAAAAGAAGAUAUAUAACAAGAUGAGAUAAACUACCUGCAAGAGACAGCUUAUUACUUUAGAAAGAAAUGUAUGUGAUGUAACUAAUAUUUGGAAUUUUAAUUGCACUUGAAUUUUAUAUUGUAAACUAUAGAAAAAAAAUAAGAUCUAAGUUACGUAUUUGUUACUUUUUUUGUGUGUGUUGUUUUCAAAUGUAGAGAGAGAAAGACAGCUGUGUCUCGCGCACUCUGUAGCUUGCUGUGAUCCCACUUUCUCUCAUUAACAGUAGAGCUUCAAGUCUCGUUCACACACACAGUGAGAAACAACCUUUCUGUUAAAGCUUCAGCAUCUCGUACAUUAAACUAAUGAAAAACUGUGUCGGCAAUGGAUCACUCAAAUCGUCCUGCUAGUCCUGCUUCUCCCAUCCAUGUCGUACAGCUGCCAGAGAGAAGAAGCAUCUUUAUUAAAGCUUCUUAUAUGAUGGCACUACUUAAAUACAGACACUAUAUGUCUGUUUCUAAAAACAAAUACAAUAUACGCAUCUACCCAGAUAGAAAGUUAAUAGAAAGUCGCUUUCUAUUAAACGGGAAUUACAGUUUGUAUGCUGUGUUCUACCGUUAUAACCCAACUAAAUGUUUCUGUGUCAUUUCCGAUACUACUAAUAUGUCUAUGAAAUUGUUAACCAUGUAUUGGAGGGGCUCUGAAUCUGCACAUUGCGACUGGAGUUGGGAAUCAUAUAUGUGUUAUGACUGGGGCGUCGGUGUGGAGGUGAAUGUAGAGAUAAGAGGCAAAUCCUCUCAAUGUCCGUAGCACUCUCAGCAAGUCAACCAGUGGUAGACCAGUGAACGUUAUCUGUGUGCUGUGUCGCUCAUUAAGAAGCAGGCUUUGGCUGAAAGAUGAAACUUAACCGACCAGCAGGAACAUCACAGUGUGUCAAGUCAAAGCUUAGUUAUUAAACAUUAAGCCCAUUUACUACAAGUCUUUGAUAUUUUAUUUAGUCUUUUUUUAAACUUGCUACUCUGCCCCUGGUUUCAGUUUCACUUAAUUAAUUAAUUUGGUUAAUAAAUAAGCAUUAACUCCAGAUUUUGCACAAGACAAUAGCAGUCUCCUGGGUGAAAGCCCAUUGUUUAUUUGACCCAUCCAACACUCCCUUUGUUUCCAAUUGAUAUUUUUAUUUUUCACUCUUAAGACUAGUUAAUAUACCAUCCAACUCUCAACAACAGUUGCAAGGAUUCAACAUCACUUGCGCUUAACAGAUGCAAAAAAAUUUCAAAAGGCUUUGGCAUUCAACUUUUUUGGAGAAAUGAUGCCAACAUUUCCUUGGGGACUAUUUGGGAUCAACAACAUCUGCUUAGAUUUAAACAAAAAGUUGGUUAGGGCCAGCCUUUUCUUUUUAUUUCCUUGGUGCACCAAAUUGAAACCACUGAGACAGGAAGCUAAAUUAAAAAAUGUUAUGUCAAAUAUCUCCAAUAGAUGGUCUUAAGGUCGCAAAACCACAAGUAUGGUCCUGCAUGGCAAUUAGCCAAUCAAAAUCCCCCCUUGAAUCAAUGAAUCUCUCUAGCAAUAACCUCAAAUGUCAGUGGGGUCACACGAUCAUCACAUAGGUUCCCCAGAUAAAAGCAUACGGUUGUUCCAGGCGCAAAGUUCCAGGCCUUGCCAAAUAACUGCCACACAAACAAGUCAUGGUACGGCCGACUUCCCGUCUGAGGUGGGCACUGUUCAAACUGAGUGUUAUUGAAAAAAUGAAAUGAAAUGCUCUAAAGUGUAUAAUUGACUGUUGUUGUUUUCUUCUUCCUCAGAAUGUAUUCUAUUGUGAAUGGGUGGCUGCAUGUUGUGUGUGUGUUUGUACGGGUGUUUGAGAGAGACGUUUGGUGAAUCAAUGUGUGCAGUAAGUGUGUUUUCUGUGUGUAUGAUAGUUUUUGUGCUGGGCGCCUGUGACAGAGUAAGAAACUUUGUGUGUCUGUGUGUACUUUAGUCCAAUUUUUAGAGGAAUAAUUUUAACGUCUGUGUUAGUCGGUUGUACCCAAAGAGAGAAACUGUAACGCAGUGUUGUGCCAUUAUUUGGACCAUGAAACUCCAAUACUGAACAAAUUUAAAUAAAAGAGUAGGAGAAAACCGG